GUGAUGGCAAAGACGAAAGUACACACCGUACAAACCCCUUAUUGUGUAUUAGAACGGGUUCAGUUUAUUUAUUCGUCAUAUAUAUGAUGAACUGUUAGAUACGAAGAGGAGGCAGAUAGCUACGGAAUCUCUGAGUCUGAUUUCUCACUGCACUCCUUUCAUCGUGCCACAAUGCUCAAAUUGCAUACUUUUCAUUGUGAGAGUCUGCAAAAUACUGCCCUAUAGCAGUAGGACCUCAGGCCUCAACUCCCUGCACAGGUCAGAUCCAGUCUCUCAUUUGCUUGGAUUUUCCUACUUUUUUGCACAUUUCUGCCCAGGCAGAAUCAUACUUUAGUGGCCAUGGUGUCCAGACCUGGAGACAUUCCAGCCUUGGAGGCGAGCUCUGGAGUAAGCGAUGGCCUGCUGGGAGGCAUGUCCAUUCCUACAGGCAUGACCCGCCGUGCCCUCAACUACGAUGACAACCUGGAGCGGCCCAUAUCUCCUCCCCCCACUGACAUCAACAUAACCAACCUGUGGAGAAGGCCUGUUAUUCCUGAAAGAAAGUUCUCCCGCCUGGCUGAGGAGACUGAAUCAGAGGAUGCAGUGAAGAUGGCAUCUGCAUUUGAAUCCACCCAACCUGCAGUUCCAGUGGUGAAGGCCAAAGCUUCCUCAGUGCUCAUGAACUCCCUCAUCAUCAAGCAGACCCAGGAGAGCAUGCAGAGUUUUGAGAAGAGAGCAGGUUUGACUGAUACAGGCUACACUCCACACAAAGGCCUGGCUGCUGAGGAGACCAAGUAUCACCGCAUGGCUCAAUCAAUGCAGAAGUUGCAAAUGACCGGUUCUGACCUAAAAGAGGAGAAGCAGUCAACCUCUGCUCAGUCAACUCCAUCUGGAACUCCUCAGUCAUCUCCCAAACAGAAGCGCAGAAGCUGGAUUAGCAGUCAAGGCUCUAUAGCCUCACUCACUGGCUCAGAACAUAGUUUAAGUUCCAGUUCCAGCAUAGAUAUGGGAUCAGGUGAUGGAGCUGUGGAGCGCUGGAGCAUGUUUGGACCAAAACCUCAAGUCCAAAAGUCCAGCACUGACCCAGGUGGCUUUGCAUUGCAGUCCUAUAAAGGUGCUCAGAAGCCCACUCCCAUAGAGGUUAUGAAGGCUCAGGCCACUCGGCUGGCCGAGGACCCCACCAACUUUAAAGCUCCACCCAAGUUUGAGAUUCCAACUAUGGAUGGCAAAAAGCAAGUGACUCGACCCCACAAGCUCAAACCACGUGACAUGAACGUUUUGACGCCCUCUGGAUUCUAAUCUUUCCCACAAACUAAGUCUCGUACAUCAACACGUAGCUGGUCUAUCCAGAUUUUCCCUUGUCUUCAUUGUGCUGUGAAGUGAUACGUGAUUUGCUUUCCUUGUUUAAAUCUGUCUCUGCACACAUGACUCAACUACAGUUAGUCCAGCUUCCCUGGAAUCGCUGGACGCAAUGCAGUAACACGUGACCCGUAAGUGGCGUAAUCCUUUGUGGUGCUUCAGCCAAUCCCCAAGUGUGGGCAGCAGACUAAACAACUUAUGGCUGUGCCUCAACAGCAUACUAACUUGCUAUUCAAAAUUUUAAUUUGGUGUGUUGUUUAACAGGAUAUCCAUACAAAACGGUUUGCAUUGAAAUGUAAGCAGUCAUUUAUGCACUCACCUUUUUAAAAGGAGCUGAGUUCGAAUCUCAGCUGUGCUAUUGACCGGCCAGUUGCUUACACAGACACGACUGACUACGGUUGUUGGGAGAGCUGGAUAAAGAAAUAGGUAUAAGAUCGUUCUUUGAGGUGUCACAACUGCUAAUGACAAUGCCCCCCAGGUGGUAAUAAUUUUAAUAUUGCAACACUUCAUGUUCACAAAAGAGAUGCAGGUGAGUGUUUAUACAUGUAUGUAGUCCUGCACAAGUAACUAUGAUUUCACUGCUUCAAAUGUUUACUGCUUUUUUGGACAUGCAACCCUAAUUUCUUUACCAACAAAUGAUCUAAAUGAUACUUUGUAGCUUAACAAUGUCCCCUAAAUCAGAUUUGAAAACUUGGCCAUGCUUUAAUGGAAAACAUUUUGGAUGAUUACUACUUUUCAGCUAAAUUAGCAUCAUAGCUAAAGUAACAUCAAAGCUAAGAAAGAAAACCUGUCUGAGGUCCCUGGUUGCAUUUAGUAAGAGGAAAUUGUUAAAAUUAGAUUUUGUUAAACCCUUUCCUGUGUCGUCUCUGUGUGUUAGUCUCAUGUCAUAUUCAACACUGGUGUAUGAAGGAAUAUGAGCUAAGUUAGAUAGAAGUAAGCCUGUUAACUUCUUGUUCCGUUUCCGUCUUUGUUUUUUUCUUCUUGUAGUGUAGUCUGUACUGGACCAGUGGAUUUUGUAGUAAACUUGUGGGUUUGGGGUUUGACUGUUCACUGCUGCUACAUCACCGUGAAGGCUAGUAUAGUAUUAACUUGUGCUUCGUUGGUCCAUGUGUGAUUUUUUUUUUCAUAAUUCAGAUUCAUGCUAUGUUGCAUUGAGCCACUAGAGGGCACUAGUCACUCGGCUAAUUUUUAUUUCAUGUAGCAACUUUACAUUUAAUUAGCAUACAGAAAUCGGUUAUAUUUUUGUUAAAUGUUAUAAAAUUGAAUUGAAUUUCAGAAUUUUGAAUGUAUAGUUUAUUUCCUGGUGGACCGUUAAAGCUAAAUAAACCCUAAACACCA